GAACCACAAAUGAUCGCGCAAGCAAUCGCGACAUAUCAGCGGAACAACGACUGUCGUCACGACAUGGGUCUCAAUCCACUUCACACAAUGACUAUACCCUGCAUCACAAUGGUGGGAACCCGUGUCACCUUCUACCUUGUUCCCGUCACCAACGAACUGAACGCCGCUGUCGUCGCUGGAGAAUACCCACUGUCCCAGACUCGAGUGCGGAAAUGCACAGUCGAUCACGUCGGUGGUAUGGAGUAUAGGAAGCUUGCUUUUUAA